GAGCACACUGCAGAUGGUCCAUGAGUGGAGCUGGAUGUGCAGGGGUACUGGUGAGUUCUGAAGGAUGCAGCCAACAGCCCCACUUGCUUUUCUUGCAGAUUGACAGGCAGCAGUUUGAGGAGACAGUCCGGACACUGAAUAACCUCUAUGCAGAAGCUGAAAAACUUGGGGGCCAAUCUUACCUUGAGGGCUGUCUUGCCUGCCUGACUGCCUACACCAUCUUCCUGUGCAUGGAGACACACUAUGAAAAGGUUCUAAAGAAAAUUGCUAAGUUCAUUCAGGAACAGAAUGAGAAGAUCUACGCUCCUCAGGGCCUUCUGCUGACAGACCCUAUUGAAAGAGGAUUAAGAGUUAUUGAAAUUACCAUUUAUGAAGACAGAGGUUUGACCAGUGGAAGAUAGAACUGUGGCAUCUCAGAUGAUAGCUCACCGGUGGACUUGCUGUACCAAGAUUCCCCUACCUCCUACUUUAGAGCAUCAUUCCUUUCUCUGCUGCCAGAUCCACAGUGCCAUCUACUACAAGGACUAACUUCCUCAAACUGCUCCCCAGGGGGUGGCCUAGCAGCUCAGCAUCCACUUUGCAGUAGAUUUGGAAGCAACAGGAUCACUUUUGUUUGGUUUGUUGUUUUUUUUCCUCAAGAAAAGGCAGAAGUAAGGCAAAAGUAAAGGUAAAGCUGUGUUCUCUUCUGAAAGAAAUGGGGCCCUCAGCCCGACAGAGGUUUAGUUUUAGUCCUGUGAGUGCAGUGGUGUUCCUCCCUGGUUUUAAACCCUUCUGUGUGUCAGUUGGGCUUAGGAAAGCUCCAGCUCAAAGUUGGGAAUUUGCCUCCAGUUCAGUGUUAGAAUGCAGAGAUACACAGUGCCUCUUCCCAGUGAGGAGUGACUCAAGGCAAUGUCUGUUGUGCUGAUCCUUGUGGAAAACCAAAAGGCAAAGUGUUCCGUGUGUUAAUGUCUUGGUUAUCCCUGGAGGGGGGUGUAGCCAGACUCUAACCCUGGUGGUUUGUUGUUGGCCCCAUCAGUGCUCACCAGGAGGGGCCUGGUCAGCUAUGAAACAGUGAGCACAGUAAAGUGGAUGCUGAGCCAAUAAAAAUAACGAUUCCCACCCUUCUCUGAUUAAUAUGUGAAGUGUAAAACUGUUUCUUUAUGGAUUUCUUAUAUAUAAUUUAUAGGAAAACGUUGAUUUGACAAACUGUAAGAUACUGUGUAAGAUGGAUUUCUUAAUUCUGUCUGCUGGCACACAUUGAGGAGUUGAGCUGUGCAUUCCUUAGCGUCCCCGUGCAUUGCUCAGCAGUACCUGCACGAGCAAAGUUUCCCACAAUCCAGGCUGGCUGAAUUCCUUCUCCUACAUCCUUGUCCCCUGUCAAAGCCCCGGUGUCCUGAUGGAGGGGCCGAGUGUGGCUGUCCAGCUGUGGAAGGAACUCGGGAGUUCAGAGGAGACGCUUAGCAGGGGUGGAGGGGCUGCGUUGCCUGGUGCUGCUGCUGCAGGUGCUAACACUGGGUAUGGAACUCCAGGCUCAUUCCUCAGCCACUGGGGGUUUGAGAUUUGAUGAAUAUUUUCAUUGUAUAAAAUUUGUUUUUCUAAACUGUAACAGUGUUUGCCUUUCACAGCUGUUGCAAUACUGGCAGAAGUACUGAUGGAUCAGUAAACCUUUUCUUAAACUGUGUGCAGGUGUGUUGUGGCGGCGCGG